AUGGCUCUGGACACUCUGAAGAAUGAAAGAAGAGUACUGAAGGGAAAUAUUACGAGAGUUGCCAAUUGGUUCACUCCGAAUAAAGAUACAGUUCUUGAUAUUUUUCAUUUUGAGAAUAGGGAAACGCAACUCAAGCAAUAUUUUGAACAAUACGAAAAUAUUCAAUAUCAGAUCGAAUGCUUAUCGACUACUGAUGAAUCAAAAGAGAGGGAGGAGGUUGAAUUAAAAUAUUUUAAUACUCUAGCAGGCAUUCAAAGGAAAAUCGAUCAAUCCAAAGUAAGUUCUCUCAAUUCUCCCAAUCUUCCGAAAUCUCAUUCAAUCAAGUUAUUCGAUAUUUCAAUAAAAAUUUUCAAAGGAGAGUUCUCCGACUAUCAAUCAUUCAUUCAACUCUUCAGUACUCUAGUUAUUGAAAAUCCAGAACUAAACGAUUUGCAAAGAUUGAUAUAUUUAAAAAGUUAUGUUAGAGGUGAACCUCUGGAAUUAAUUAAAAGUUUAGAGGUCAUUGAUACAAACUUCCUCAUUGCUCUUAAUACGUUAAAGGAACGGUAUGAUAAUAAAGCACGCAUCGUAAGUAAUUUAAUUAAACGAUUAUUGAAGAUUCCAUCUCUGGUUAAAUGCUCACCACAAGCGCUCAGAAACUUUCUCACUAGUAUAAAACAAACUAUUCAAUCUCUUAGUAAUAUGGAGAUUCCAGUUAAACAUUGGGAUCUCAUUUUAAUCGAACUAAUUUUAGACGAAGUUGACUAUAAUACCCAUAAAGCCUUUGAGUAUGAACUUGGUCCAAAAAAAUACCUACAUUAG